AUGCCUCAGUAUCGUAUUGAGAUUUCGCCCAACAACCGCGCCGGCUGCAAUGACACCGUGUGCAAGAAGGAAGCCGUCAAGAUCUUAAAGAACGAAAUUAGAUUUGGCACUUGGGUCGAGAUCCAGGACCGCGGUUCCUGGAAAUGGAAGCACUGGGGCUGUGUGUCUGGAUCUCAGAUUGCCGGUCUUCAGGAAUCUUGUGGUGGUGAUCCUGAUAAUUAUGACUUUGAUGCCAUUGACGGCUUUGACGAGCUCAAUGACGAGGAUGUCAAGGAGAAAGUUCGACGCUGCGUGAAGCAGGGCCACAUCGAUGCCGAAGAUUUCAAGGGCGAUCCUGAGAAGAACAAGUUGGGCGAGAAGGGAAUUUAUCUUUCCGCCAAAGAAAAGGCUGCCAAGGAGAAGGCAGCGGCCCAGGACGCUGGUGAAGAUGAGGUUGCUCCAGCCAAGGCCAAAAAGCGAGGUGGCAAGAAGGCUGCCGACGUCGCAGAUGAGCCUAAGCCUAAGAAAGCGAAGAAGUCUAAGAAUGUCGAGGCAGAUGAGGAACCGCCCAAGGCCAAGUCCAAGGCUAAGGCUAAGGCCAAGGAUGCAAGCGAGGAGGAUGCUGGAGAGUCUGCUUCUGCUAAGAGAGGACGAUCAAGAAAGUCGCUCACUCAGCAGGAUGAAGAGGUAGAGGGCGAAGAAGCUGAGGCGGCAGCUCCGGCUAAGAAGGCCACUAAGAAGGGAUCAAAGGCAAAGGCUGCCCAAGAGCAACAGCCUGAAGAGGAAACUGUGGAAGAGGAUGAUGUCGAGGAGAAGGAGAAGGCUACUCCUGCCAGGGCUGCGCGUGGACGCAAGACGGCAGCUUCCAAGACAAAGACAGCGACUGCGGAUGAUGAAGAUGCCACACAAGCCACCCCAGCCUCUGCCCCCAGGGGCCGCAAGCGUGCUGCGGCCAAGACUGACGAAGCAGAGGAGGAUGAGUCCAAGCCCCUUGUUAAGAGAGGACGCAAGUCAAGCACUCCGGCCAAGAAAUCUGCUCCCGAGCCAACGGAGGAAGUCGAGGCAAAGGUGGUGGACACGCCCAAGGCGGCGCCCAAGGUUAAAGGAAGGGGCCGUCCUCGCAAAUCUGAUGCCUCGGCCGCCUAA